ACACACUGACUGUCCAAUCAGGGAUUUGAACCUUCAACCAACCCACUAAAAAUCCCACCGGCCCCCCUUUAAAGAUGCUCUGACUCACUGCGCGUCAAUCACGCGCCAGCUACGCCUCGCGCGCGGACACACCCAUCGGUCCAUAUUCGGUACCAGGUGCACGCGCGGAAAGCUGCUGCGCCGUCCACGCGCAGUGCGUGAAAAGGUGAAGGCGGGGUGAAGCCAAUAUCAGACAUUUAACCAAAAGCGCGCGCACGUGCGAUGCUGCAUGUUGGGUCCGGUCGCGCGAGUGUCUACCUAGUGGGCGUGUCCGGUUCUCCUCAUCUGCGCACGCGGGUGCAUCCAGCCAAGCUGACGGAGACAAUUUUUUUUUCUCAUGGUGAAGGUCCACGCGGCUACUCCCGUGGAAGCGCGCGAUUUCUUCCCCCUCCUCCUCGCGGGGUCACAGCUGUGCGGCACUGGAUGGAUCUGACGAGCACGUGCGCGGGUGAAGAGUCGGGCGGCGCACGCGGAGGGAAAUAAAAUACUUUUUUUUUAAAUACAUUUUUCGGUUUUUUUUUCCACCGGAACCAGCCCCCCUCCCUCCUCCUCCACGCGACAUGUCAAACUUAAAUAAGAGCAAGAAGGACAAAGAAAUUCUCGCGGAAUACGAGAGUCAAGUCAAAGAUGUGCGGACGCAGCUGGUGGAGCAGCAGCGCUGUCUGGAGCAGCAGACGGAGAUGCGAGUCCAGCUGCUUCAGGACCUGCAGGACUUCUUCAGGAAGAAAGCCGAGAUUGAAACGGAAUAUUCCAGAAACCUGGAGAAGCUGGCAGAGCGGUUCAUGGCCAAAACUCGCAGCACCAAGGACCAUCAGCAAUACAAAAAGGACCAGAACCUGCUCUCUCCAGUCAACUGUUGGUACUUGUUGCUAAACCAGGUGAGGAGGGAGAGUAAGGACCAUGCCACCCUCAGCGACCUCUACCUGAACAACGUCAUCACUCGCCUCACACACAUAAGUGAAGACUCCGCCCGGCUGCUGAAGAGGAGUAAAGAAAUCAUCUUUCAGCUUCAGGAGGACCUUGUGAAGCUGUUAAACGAACUUUACACGGUGAUGAAGACCUACCACAUGUACCAUGCUGAGAUGAUCAACGCGGAGGCCAAGCUGCGGGAGGCGGAGCGUCAAGAGGGACGCGUGAAGGGCGUGUCAGGCACGGGCGGAGGCGGAGAGCCCGUGUUCGGCCUGCGAAUAGAGGAGCGCCACCAGAGGCGUAACGCUGCUCGCAAGAUGGAGAAGAUGAGAGAGAAGAGAAAAGCAAAGUACUCAGAGAACAAACUGAAGACUCUAAAGGCCAGAAAUGAGUAUCUGCUGACCUUGGAAGCCACUAAUGCUUCAGUAUUCAAAUACUACAUCCACGAUCUGCCUGACAUUAUUGACUGCUGUGACUUAGGGUACCACUCCAGUCUAAGCAGGGCUCUGAGGACCUACCUAUCAGCCGAACUGAGCCUUGAAGCCUCCAGGAGGGCGGGUCUGGAGGUGCUGGAGGGGGCCGUGGAGAAUCUGGACCCAGCCCGGGACAGGCAGCGUCUGUUGGGGCUGUACCCCACCACAUUCUGCCCGGCCCAGCGCUUCAGCUUCCAGGCCCACAUGGGCGACACGGUGACCCAGAUUGCUUCCCAGCCUCAGGUCCAGGCUGAGCUCACCCUCCGCCUCACUCAGCUCCAGACCCGCCUGGCAUCCCUGAAGAUCGAAAACGAGGAGGUGAAGAAGACCUGGGGAGCGACCCUCGCCACCCUCCAGGACAUGACAGUACUGGAUGACUGCGACGUCUCUCAAAGCUUCACCCACAGCCCGUCCUCCGAGUCCGUUAAGUCCAGCGUGUCGGACGGCUACUUGAACAAACCGAGUCUGGCCAAGAGACGGGCCAACCAGCAGGAGACGGAGCUCUUCUACUUCAAUAAGUUUCGCGAGUAUCUGGAGGGAAGUAAUCUCAUCUCCAAACUCCAGGCCAAACACGACACCUUAAAGAAGGCCUUAGCGGAGGGUUAUAAAUCUGAACUGCUAACUACAAGUCGUGGGCGGAAGAACUCCCAUAGCAAGCACCAGGACUCAACCAAAGCCAUACCGCUUCUUGUGGAGAGCUGCAUUCGAUACAUCAACUUACAUGGUCUUCAGCAUCAGGGAAUUUUCCGGGUGUCAGGGUCACAGGUCGAGGUUAACGACAUUAAGAACUCAUUCGAACGAGGUAAUGACCCGCUGAUUGAUGAGGAGAGCAACCAUGAUAUCAACUCAGUGGCUGGGGUGUUGAAGCUCUACUUCAGGGGUUUGGAGAACCCUCUGUUUCCCAAGGAGAGAUUUAAUGACCUCAUGUCCUGCAUCAGAAUAGAGAACCUGUACGAACGCGCACAGUGCAUCCGAAAAAUCCUUCUGGGCGUCCCUAGAGCAACACUGGUGGUGAUGCGAUACCUGUUCGCCUUCCUCAACCAUCUGUCCCAAUACAGUGAUGAGAACAUGAUGGAUGCCGGAAACCUGGCCAUAGUUUUUGGCCCCACCCUCCUGCCGACACCGGACACCCUGGACCAGGUGGCCUGUCAGGCGCACGUUAACGAGGUCAUCAAAACGGUCAUCCUGCACCAUGACAACAUCUUCCCGCAGACCAAGGAGCUACCAGGCCCUGUUUAUGAGAAAUGUAUGACCGGAGACCAGUACUGCGAGAGUCCGUUCAGCGAGCCAGGAGCUCUGGAGGAGGCCGAACCUGAUGCCGGCACCGAGACCCAGACCAGUGAUGAGGAGGGCGAGGCAGUGGAGGCGGUGGCCCGCUUUGACUAUGUGGGCCGCUCGGGCCGGGAGCUCUCCUUUAAGAAAGGAGCGUCCCUGCAGCUCUUCCAGCGCGCGUCACAUGACUGGUGGGAGGGCCGACACAACGGCAGCCGUGGCCUGGUGCCUCAUCAGUACAUCGUGGUGAAGGACAGGCGAGUGCACAGCCCCAGAUGGACCGACUCCAUGUCCGACACGCUCAGUCAGAAGGCUGACAGUGAUGGGGGGAGCAGCAGCACUGAAGACAAGAGGUCCAGGAGCGAGCUGAGCUCCCCCACCGACAUCAGACCGCCAGACAACUACAACAGUCAUAGGAGGAAGCGAACCGACGGUCUGUUCCGCCGCCCUCUCUGCCGCUCCAACGACAACGGCGGGGUGAUGGAGCGGAGUUCUCCCCCGGUGACAGGUCACUUCAGCCCCAGAGAGCUGCUGCUGGGAAGGAGUCAGGGCAUGACCCCGCCCCUCGACAGCCCAGAGCGCCGGCGCCGCUCUGCCGCAGUGACCAUGACGGUGAGCCGACACGAUUCGUUCAGGAAGCCGGAAGACACGCCCAUUCGGCGCUCCUGCAGCGGGCAGCAUGGCUUCAGCGACUCUCUUAGAUCAAGAGCGAUGGACCCCGAUGCCCUGGCUCAGGACAUCGAGGAGACGGUGACGGUGGCUCUUGGUGAGCUGAGGCAGCUGGAGCGGCAGGGGUGUCGGCCCGCCCCAGAUGUGGUUCUGGAUACUCUGGAGCAGGUGAAGAACGGUCCAGUGACCACCUGCUCCUCCGAGUCUCCCAGUCCCCACAGUACUCCCAGCACCCCCGGCACGCCUGGAACCCCUGGCACCCCAGGAACUCCUGGUACCCCUGGGACUCCCGGCACCCCGAGCCCUCUCAGUCCUAUGAGUCCUAUUAGUCCACUUCCCGGACCCCCACCUGGACCUCCCAGACCGGCCAACCCAUCGCCUGAUGCCUUGGGAUCCUUCAAACCUGUGGCAGCUUCCCGCAUUGGGACUCCGCUGCGCCCCCCUGCACUGAGGCCCAAACCUAUUGUACCACCUAAGAGCAGCACCCCACCUCUGCCCCCGCCUGUAGACAAAUCCUGCACCAUGUGAGUCAAACCCGGCCAGCAAAAGGGCCAAAUCAGGCCUACCCGGGCCAAAAAUGGGCCAGAAGAGGAGAUCAGGGUACUGGUUCUAAUCAACAUGAGGGUAGAAACGGUAGGAAAGACGAAAAGGCUUUUAAUGUAGUAAUAAAAUUUAAUCUAUGACAUGAUAUGAUAUGCCAUGGUAUAUGUGUCGUUAGGUUGGUGUGUACUUGGUGUGUAGGAGUUUACUUUCUCCAUGUAUUAAAGCAUUAUCCAAGGAUAGCUAAAAGAACCGCUGUUAAACAAAACAGGGGGCGGAGCUUCCUGUCCUCUAGGAGAGAGCCGCCAGCUCCAGUAAAUGUAGAUUCAGUGACAUGAAUGUUGGAUAUACUGUCAUGAAGAUAGACUUGCUCUAGCUAAAGGACCUAUCACCGAUUGGCUGCCGUCUCCACCGAGAGUGGGUCGCUAAACGCAACGGCUCCGGCGGUCCGACGACAUUUUUGUGGCUUACAAUGACUUUUCUGUUCUUUUUUCACUCGGUUCCGCUGCUAAGCUCACUCAGUCCUCAAACGCCUCUUGAGGUCGUCAGUGACAGAAAACUCAUUUGACCAACGUCCAGGUUUUUAAUGAAUGUUUCCAGCUUUUAACGACUGUUCAGCCAUCUUACUGAAUGUUCGUGAGCAGACUGCUCACUGUUUAACAGCCUUUUUCUGUGUUUUUCGAGGGUGGGGGUGUCCAGAAUAAAGCUUCAAACUGGAGGGGAAAGCUUUUUCUGGGACAGAGGGGAUGUAUGAUUUAGUUGUCGUUUGUGCGAGUGGGUAACGAGUGUGUGCGGAUCCUGCCUGCCUACCCUUUGUUCUGUUCCGUUGUAAGUGCAGAACCACUAAAAUAGUGAUAGACCAUAGAUAAUUCAUGCCUGCCUUGAGUGCCAGAACACGCGAGUGCAAGUUGGGACGAUGGCACAAGUGCAAGAAGCAUGACACUUUUAUGUGUGCCAAAAUAAAGGUUUACCUGCUUGUUACACUAGUUAACCUUAAAUCACAAUAAGCUAACAGGGUGGGGCUUUGUGUGAAUACGCCCCAAAAAAAAGAAGAAAAAAAAAAGACUUGAACAGCACACUGAAUGUGGCCCCCCACCGGGCUGUGAGUGUGAUGAAGAAAACUGCACAUGAUGUGCUGAGCUGGGCCAUGGGUGAGCAUCUGUGUGUUCAUGUCUUUAUAUAGUUGUGAGGACCAAAACGCAGCGAUUCGGUUUUUGGGGAUGACCUUUUUCUACCUUCCUUGAAGGCCCAAGGUGUUUUUCAGUCGCAGUCCCAUUCACCCAUGCACACACACAUUCACACACUUACACCGGCGCCAAACUAUAGCCACCAGGAGCAAUGUGGGGUUCAGCAUCUUGGCCGAGAACACUUUGGAACAUGGUGGGAACCGCAUACGUAAACUUCCAAUCUGAGGUUGACCGCUCCACCUCUGACCCAAGACUACCCCUACCUCUGUAUAAUAUGGCUUGUGUAUUACAGAGCAGUCGUGCUUGGUUUUUUUGCUGUAGCUGGAGCUAACAUAGCAUGCUAAUUUGGCUAACAUUUCUUGUUAAUGCUAAUGUCUUUAGCUAUGUUUUACCAGCAAUUAUUGGACAUUGACACCAAGUUAUCUCAAAUGACAAUAUUUAAAUUCAACAAUGAAAUGUGAAAUAUAUGAAAGGAAAACAUUCAAAAUAAAAGUCAGUUAGAAGUUGUUUCUCCUAAUCUGGAGCUAAGAAAGCAUACUAGCGCUAGUAUAAGACACAAUCAGCAGUUUGUUGAUUAGGGUUACCACACCUUAUAUGGACACAAUGAUAACACUGCUAUUAAUGUGCCAAAUUAAAACAAAAAAAUGACAAUUUCAUUGUAUUUCACUGAAACCUGUGAUUUGUUACACCUAAAAAAGGAUAAAGAUGAGUGGAACUUAAUGUGGUAUUUGAAAACACAACUAUAUAAAGACAUGAGUGUGUGCAUUUUUAUAUCAUAAUGGGGACCAGGAACUGAGUAGUAGUGAGCUGAAGUCCUCGAGCUCAUUAAUCCUUUAAGGGUUUAGACUUAAAUGAACUGUAAAAAGUGUGGGUUGUUUUUACUUUCAGCUAUGAUCAUUUAUAUAAAAGUUAAGGUAUUAAGGAUGCCUUCUAAAAAAAGUGUGUCCCCAUAGAGAUAUAGAAACCAGCGUGUGUGUGUGUGAACGAAUGUGAAAGUGCCUUUUUUUUUUAAAUCUGUCUUUUUUGGGAGUCGUGAAUCCACAUCCGCAUGUCCUGAACGAAGAGCAGCAGCACUCCGAAUGAAAUAAUCAUGAAGUGUUUAGUAGAUUACUGAAUUAUGAAUCUUAGCAUUAACCCAUUGUGACAUUGCACUUUGAUGUAUAGGAUUGUGUACUUGGCAUGUAGCAUCAUCACAUGUUGGUGCAUCUUAAACGACGGGAGGUUUGUGUUUGAUGAUAACGGAAAACAGUUCUUGUCUGUUAGUGUUGCUGUAUUUGAACACCAGGCUUCAGGAAGCUGAGCUCAUAUAGCCAAAUGGAUUGUAUCAAUGUGUUGUAUUUAUAAUAUAAAUAAACCCAAUAAAUUAGCAUUCAAGUCAUUGAAA